AUGUCCGAUUUCAUUGCUGGUUCAUCUAGUGAUAAUCCAGUAAUUUCUGAUGAUAAUAGUGAAAAGUUAAAUGAAAUUAUAGAUCCCGAAGUUAAAAAAAUUAAAUUAUCUUUGAAUGUUGGAAAAAGUGAAAAACUUGAACAAAGACUUGAAGGAAUAUUAUGUUGCGUAGUUUGUUUAGAUUUGCCCGUUGCGGCAGUUUACCAGUGCAGCAAUGGUCAUUUAAUGUGUGCCGGUUGUAUAACUCAUCUUUUAGCUGAUGCAAGGUUGAGAGAUGAAUUAGCUACUUGUCCAACAUGCAGAGUUGAAUUUUCAAAGCAAUCUGCUUCUAGAAAUUUAGCUGUGGAAAAAGCAGUUAGUGAGUUGCCUGUUCAAUGUCAUUUUUGUGCUAAGGAAUUUCCAAGAAAUGCUUUGGAAAUUCAUGAAAAAAAUAAUUGUGAAAAAAGACUAACUUCAUGCAAAUAUAACCAAAUAGGAUGUUUAUGGAAGGGACCAAAUUAUGAAUACCUUCAGCAUGAAAAUGUUUGUAUUUAUCCUAAUAAAUCUGGAUUAGAAAUUAUAGAAGCUUUAAAAAUCUUAGAAAAGAAAAAUGAAGAAGAAAAAAAAUUUUACGAUGGAAUUUUUGAACUUUUAUCUUUUGAAAAAAUAUCCAUAAAUUUGCAGAUGAAACCAUAUAGGACAGAUGAAUUUUUUCACAAGCUCUAUUAUGAAACUAAUAGAUUUUCUGCAUUCAAUUAUCAAUGGGUGGUUAAAGCAAGAAUAAAUAAUUUUCAAUCAAAUCCAACUCAUAGUUCUGAAAGGGAUAUGACAUACCAGUUAAUAUUGAAAAACAAACCAAAUUAUCAACUGACAAUCCAUUAUCUAAUUGUAAAGGGACCAUUUAGUGAUAUGAAAGUCAAGCCAAAGGUUUAUAAAUAUGAUUUUACCAAUGAAGAAAGCGAAAGCUCUUAUGUUCAUCUUCCAUUAGAAGACACCAGCGAAUGCAAUAGGUUGCUAGCAGCUAAAACUAUAAAUUUUCGACUCCUUAUGUUCUUGGUAUCGAAAUAA